GAAUUAGUCUUUAUGGCCGCCCUUCUCUUCUUCGUUUCUGCCAUCACUCAUCACUCUUUAGUCAUUACUCACAGUCAACUCUUUCUUCUUCUUCUUCGGAUCUAAAACGCAUUUCUCUCCCCCCGAUACGACGGCGUUCUCAGCUACCGCCACCGGUUAGGUAGCUGAAGCUGGGAAUGCCCCCCUACCCCUACCGUUACCGUAGCACUGCGAUAAGGAUGCCACGUGGCACCAUUCCAAACUGGUGAUGCUCCUCUUCUUAGCUCCUACAGCCACAGUAGUUCCGGUUAAGUUCUUCUGUGGUAACUCCAUUCUCAACCGCCAAGUCUUUGCCAAAACGGCCCCGUAUUACGCGUCUUCUCUCAUUUCACUUCACCGCCGAAACGACGCCGUAACAAGACCAAGACCGAGACCGAGACCGAGACCCCAAUGCGCGCUUUCUCUCACUGCCUCUUCCUUCUCAGCCAGUCCUAUAAACCCUAACCCAAACCCCUUCUCCUUUUCGUCUCUUCUGUUUUCCAACCCAAUCUCUACCACCAACAAUUACUACGACCAAUUCCUCGCUCGCUCAUCAAACGACGGCGUUUUCGCGUGGAGUCGUGCUCCGGAGAGAUCCACCACCAAUGGUGGAGUACUUGUGGGUGACAGAGGGCCGGUAGUGACGGUGGUGUUGUUGGGUUGGCUCGGUUCCAAGACCAAGCACCUCAAGAAAUACGUGGAGUGGUACAAUUCCAGGGGCUUCCAUGCGUUGACUUUCGUGGUCGAUGUCGGCGAGCUGCUGUGGUUUGAUUUAGGCCACAGAAUUGAGCAGAGAAUCGCGGCUUUGGCCAAUGAGCUUGUAUCCUGGGUUUCGGACAAGGAAGAGGAUGGUAGAGAACGCUGCUUGGUUUUCCACACAUUCAGCAAUACCGGUUGGUUUGUCUAUGGUUCCAUUCUUGAGAUUUUGAAGGGUAGAGAAGAUCUGAUGGAAAAGGUUAAAGGAUGCAUUGUUGAUUCGGGAGCAGCGGAGCCAUUUAAUCCUAAGGUGUGGGCAGCUGGAUUUUCUACUGCUCUACUGAAGAAGAGAAACUCUGUAAUGAAUGAAACCAGAAGUGAAGUGAGCUUGUCAAAGAUGCAAGGGAAUGAACCUCCACUGGUUGAAACUGUGGUUCUAUCAGUUUUAGAGAGGCUUUUCUCUGUCUUGUUAAAGUUGCCUGAUGUUGAAUCGAGGUUAACAAAGAUUGUGUCCAACCUCUCACAAAACCAGCCUUAUUGUCCUCAGCUUUACCUCUAUAGUACAGCUGACAAAGUCAUUCCGUUUCAGUCUGUAGAGUUGUUUGUUGAGGAACAGAGGCAGACGGGGAGAAAGGUAAGGACUUUCAACUUUGGGUCUUCCCCUCAUGUUGACCAUUACAGGACAUUCCCCAGCCUAUAUUCAUCAGAGCUUCAUAAAUUCCUAAACGAGUGUUUUGCUGUAGUUAAGCAGACAUAACCGAUUAUCCAUGUACAAUUGUCGUUUGUUUCAAGUAUUGUUGUGGCAUUUUUAAUUCACCAGAGCAAAUAUAAUCAGGGAAUAAUUGUCUACUCCUUACAUUCUCCAUGUGGUGAUGGUUUAUUACAUUUUUGGACGGAUGACCACUUGCAGUUGUUCUGAAUGGAAUGCUGCUAUGCCAUAAUUCAUGAUGAUGUUUUCUAAAUAAUGCUCCCUUAUUCAUGCUUGUAUUAUUAGAACUGGAACAGAUUUGAUCAGAAUUUCAAGACUUUCCAUUGCUAGUUUCUCUAAUGCAUGUUGUGGCUCACAUAUUGUAAUAAUAGAAUCGUAAUCGAACUUUCGAUAAAUUAAUAUUUUGAAUGUAGGAAGCUUUCUUUCCAA